AUGCCUUUUUUCGCUACUGAGGAAGGUCGAUACUUAGCCUCAUCUUUGGGAGAUCCGCUAAUCAAGGGGUUGACUGAAGUUGCCAACAAACGUCCAGAUGAUCCUAUUGCGUACCUUGCACAGUAUUUGUAUAACUUUGCGAACAACAGAAACAGUAUUAAGUCCAGGGGUAAGACACAGGAGGAACCCCAACAUAUUAUAACAGGCUCUCCUACUGAUGGGGACAACAAUAAUGCAAUACCUGCUACCAUAGAUGUUGUCACUGUAGAUCCCAACAAUGACCAAGAAGACGAAUCAGCUUUUAGUCCCACUAGUAGAGACGAGCACGGUCAAAGCAUGCUCCACUUUGCUGCUGCAAGAUCUCAUGGUCGUAAUGCGUUGUUUCAACUUUUAAAAGAAACAGAAAUCAACGUAGCAUAUCGCGACGAGCUGUACAGAACUGCUAGAGAUAUCAGCAUCCAAGCAAAUCUGCCUGACAAUACCGAAGAAAUAGAUAGAUAUGUGUUACAUAUUGCUACCAAAGGUGAUACAGAUAAACUAGUGGAACUACUACUAGAUGGCUAUGAUCACAUAACAGAUAUAGUUGAUAACGAGGACGUACCAAUUGUCGAAGCAGUAUCCAACGCGAACCAACCUGAUACAGUUUCAUUUCUACAAUCAAUACUAGCCUUCGAGGAAAAAAGGGAAAGGGUUCAUCAUGCUAUUCGUCAAGGUUCCAUCAAUGACGUGACCGUGCUUCUGGCUGAUGAAAACGAUACAGGAAGUGGGAAACUGCUGGCGAUAGGCAAAAACAGCUAUGGACGAUGUACUCUGCAUAUUGCGGUAUUGUGUCAACAGGAAGAAAUCGUUGACUAUCUGGCUAAUACUUUCCCGGACACACUCAAACUAGGAGAUAAUCUCGAAAGAACAGCUCUACAUUACGCCAUGGGCGUGGAAAAAAUGGAAACCAUCAGUAGAGUCCUGAUCAAAGCAGGAGCCACCAGAGUGGUGAAGGAUCUCAAGGGCAGACAACCGACUUACUAUUUCCUCAACAAAUCAGACAUUCUGAGACUACAAGAAGAAGAAGAGACGUUUUGA